AUGCGUUCAUUCAUUACAUUAGCUCUGUAUUUAGGUGCUGUCGCUGCUUCCGAGCUCAAGACUCGAUUUCACCUCGUCCUUGGUCUCUCCGGUAUCACCGAAGGUGCCCAUGAUGUCUUUUACGUGACUGGAGCCAAUACCACAUCCAAUAACACCGGCAAUCUACCAAAGAAUGCAACUCACACCUGGGAGGUUGAUUUCACCAAAGACGGCGAUAAUUCGAAAAUCAAACUCCUCUGCCGCCCUACGGCGCCCACCCGAUUCAAUGGCUUGGCAAGAUUCAACGAUACAAUCUUGCUCGCUACCGCCUCCUAUCAAGAUUCCAUCUUUGCAUUCGACACCCGCAUCGGUCGUAUCUGGGAGGCCAUCAAACAAGAAAGCCUCAUGUCCUCCAUCAACGGCAUCAAAGUGUCAGACAGCUUCGUCUACUGGACUGCCAACAGCGCCUUAGCUAUACCCAACGUCACUGCUGGCACGGGACAGCUGAUCUUCCAGGGCAGUGCGUUUGAUGAUUUUGCUGUUUCUCCCAGUGGUUUCGCGCUCAACUCUACUUACAGCGCCAACUACAAAUUCGCCUACCUUUCUACCUCCGCUGGAAACACAAUCGAGCAGGUUAUAUUUACCCGUAAUGGGACCACCAUCGGUAGUGAGAUUAUUGCCGGGUCUGAAGACUUGACGGAAGUUGCCGAGCCUACGGGUGUUUUCUUUGGAAGGGGUGAAGGUCAAUUGAACAAGAUUUAUGUCACCACCGGUGGUGGCAGCGGUGUCAAUGUUGAUGUGAAUGGUACGGAGACUGCGGUCGGUGCACAAUUGCUGGGGAUCCAGCUCAGCUAG